AUGACGUUUGCAGAAAAGCCUGAGGGCAACAGGAGCCUUGUAGACGAGAAGCAGCAGUACCUAGGUGCGAGGCAUCAGGCAAACGGGAAACCAGGAGCAAGUGGGAAAGCCAGGCUCUCUGCAAGGCAGGAGGCAAACGACAAGUGCGACUUGCCCAGAAAAAGCCUCAACAUGUACACCUGGCAGGAGAUUCAGAGACACAGUCACGAGACUGACCAGUGGCUGGUGAUCAAUCGCAAGGUCUACGAUGUUACUGGCUGGGCGGACAGGCAUCCCGGUGGGCGCCAGGUCCUCAACCACUAUGCUGGGGAAGAUGCCACGGACGUCUUCAGAGCCAUGCACCCAGACCCUGACAUUGUGCGGUUGUACCUUAAACCACUGCUCAUUGGAGAGCUUGCUCCAGAAGAGCCCAAUCAGGAGAGAAACAAAAAUCUUGUGCCCACCUCCUGGCCUCCACGCCCAGAGCAGAAAAGUGCCAGAGCAGAAAGCGGCCAGUCAGAAGUACCAGCCGCUCCAGCAGUCGUCCUCCAGCUCUCAGUGGAGCAAGUCACGCAGGCGGGAGAGCGACAGUGGCCGCGUAGACAGCGGAGGUGCCGUCAACUGGGAUCAGCGUCUGAGGCGCCGGGCGCCAGGGGCUCACCCCACAGCCAGCCUGUGACCACCAGGGUGGCCCCGGAUGGGCAGCGGGAGCAGCUGGCCUGCCUGGUGGCAAGGGGGGCUGCAGGCGGAGAGGUGCAGGGGAGCGGCCUUGGCCUCAGUGGAGACGAGUAG